AUGAGGCUCCAGCUGGAGAAGCAGCUCCUCUUCCUCUCCCUUCUCUGUGUUUUCUGCAAGGUGUGCGCCCAGCUGUGCCGCAGGCCAUGCUACUGCCCCUGGGUGCCACCCCGCUGCCCCCGUGGGUCUCCCCUGGUCCUGGAUGGUUGUGGCUGCUGUAAGAUCUGUGCCCGGCGCCUGGGAGAACCCUGUGACUUCCUCAACGUCUGUGACCAGAGCCAGGGCCUCAUCUGUGACUACAGCAUGGCAUCUGCAGGGACAGGAGCCACCUGCAACUUCGAAGACAGCGAGGAGGGCUGUGAGGUGAACGGCCGGGUCUAUAGAGACGGGGAGGUUUUCCAGCCCAGCUGCAAACUGCAGUGCCGCUGCCUGGACGGGGGCUUCACCUGCGUCCCGCUCUGCCAGGAGGACGUCCGGCUGCCCACUCCCGACUGCCCCUACCCACGGCGCGUGGAGAUCCCAGGCAAGUGCUGCCCCGAGUGGAUCUGUGAAGCCCGGGACCAGCAUCUCCGCCGGAAUGCUGUGGCAGCCCCCGGGGCAGCAUCCUCGCUGCUGCCGUACCCCUGCCAGGACUGGAGCACAGAGUGGAGCGCCUGCUCCGUCACCUGUGGCAUGGGCUUCUCCACCCGCGUCUCCAACCAGAACCGGUACUGCAGGCUGGAGACUCAGAGGCGGCUCUGCAUGGCCAGACCCUGCCCGGCUCUGCCAGCAGCAUUCCCAGCGAACAAACACGAACCCUGCCGCUCCUCAUCCCAGGCAAGGCGCUGGCGGUUUGGCCGGGCUGGGGUGCGCAGCGGUGCCGACAUUCCGCCCGCCGGCCAAGCAACGCCCGCCGGGGAGCCGGGAAACGGAGGAAAGGAAGCGCAAAGACGAGCCGGGCCGGCUCCCGACGGGCUGGAGCUGCUCCAGCGCUGUCGGCUCGGCAGAGCUGUUCCAGCUCCGUCUUUGCUUUCUCGCAGCGAUGAGAAAAAAAUCCUUCUGGUGACAGAAAAAUGA